AUCACCCCAUCGUCGCUAGUCAAGGGAGAGACUACUACACAAAUACGACUACCUUUACCCGCUUUCCAAAAGGCACAAACAUACUUAUCCCUCCCCUAAACCCCCACUUUCCCACUUCCGCCGCCGCAAACCACCACACGCCACCAUGCAAGCCACCUUAAUCUCCCCACCGUCACACACCCUUCCCCACCCUACCACCGCCACCAGCACCACCAAAACCCUUUCCUUCUCCAAACGCCCCACCACAAUCCGAGCCUCCUCCUCAACCGAAACAGUUCCACCACCACCGCAAACGGUCAACAUCGCCGACCCAUCUCGGAAACUCAACAAAUACAGCUCUCAAAUCACCGAACCCAAGUCCCAGGGUGGCUCUCAGGCCAUCCUCUACGGCGUUGGACUCUCGGAUGAGGACAUGGGUAAGCCCCAAAUCGGCAUUUCCUCUGUUUGGUACGAGGGAAACACUUGUAAUAUGCAUUUGUUGAGUUUGGCUGAGGCUGUGAAGGAAGGGGUCAGAGAGGCUGGUAUGGUUGGGUUCAGAUUCAAUACCAUUGGGGUUAGUGAUGCUAUAUCUAUGGGGACUAGAGGGAUGUGUUAUAGCUUGCAGUCUAGGGAUUUGAUUGCUGAUAGUAUUGAGACUGUCAUGGCCGCUCAGUGGUAUGAUGGGAAUAUCUCCAUUCCUGGUUGUGACAAGAAUAUGCCAGGUACAAUUAUGGCCAUGGGACGUCUUAAUCGGCCAAGUAUCAUGAUUUAUGGUGGAACUAUCAAGCCCGGUCAUUUUCAAGGCCAUGUGUACGACAUAAUAUCUGCCUUUCAGGUUUAUGGGGAAUAUGUGAGUGGUUCUGUAAAUGAUGAACAGAUGAAAAUGUACAUGGCGAAUACCAUGGCUUCCGCUAUUGAGGCAAUGGGAAUGUCUCUCCCUUAUAGCUCUUCAACACCUGCUGAAGAUCCAUUGAAGUUGGAUGAGUGUCGUCUAGCUGGAAAAUAUAUUCUAGAUUUGAUAAAAAUGGACUUAAAACCGCGAGACAUUAUUACUCCUAAAUCACUACGUAAUGCAAUGGUCAUUGUCAUGGCCUUGGGUGGGUCGACGAAUGCGGUGUUACAUUUAAUUGCUAUUGCAAGGUCUGUUGGCUUAGAGUUAUCUGUUGAUGACUUUCAAAAGGUUAGUGACCAGGUUCCGUUUCUCGCAGACCUUAAGCCUAGUGGCAAAUAUGUCAUGGAGGAUGUCCACAAGAUUGGAGGAACACCUGCAAUCAUUCGCUAUCUCUUGGAGCUUGGGUUUUUAGACGGGGAUUGUAUGACUGUCACGGGGAAGACACUGUCUGAGAAUGCUAAACUAUUCCCUUCUCUGUCUGAAGGCCAGCAAGUAAUAAGACCAUUGACAAACCCCAUCAAGGAAACGGGCCAUAUCCAAAUAUUAUAUGGAAAUCUUGCACCAGAAGGUUCUGUCGCGAAGAUUACCGGGAAAGAAGGGCUGUAUUUUUCUGGUCCUGCUUUUGUCUUUGAAGGAGAGGAAGCUAUGCUUGCAGCUAUCUCUGAAGAUCCUAUGAGUUUUAAGGGAAAGGUAGUUGUUAUUAGAGGAGAAGGGCCUAAGGGGGGGCCUGGCAUGCCUGAAAUGCUGACACCAACAAGUGCGAUAAUGGGAGCAGGUCUUGGGAAGGAUUGUGCAUUGUUGACUGAUGGGAGGUUUUCAGGAGGUUCACAUGGUUAUGUUGUUGGCCACAUCUGCCCGGAAGCACAGGAAGGUGGACCAAUCGGUCUCAUUGAAAAUGGAGAUGUCAUCACCAUAGAUAUUCGGGAGAGAAGAAUGGAUGUUCAGUUAACAGAUAAAGAGAUGGAGGAGCGAAGAAAGAAAUGGAAGCCUCCUGCGUAUAAGGCUGACAGGGGAAUUCUGUUUAAGUACAUCAAGACCGUGCAACCGGCUUCAAAGGGGUGUGUGACUGAUGAAUAGUAUAAAGGGGCCGGCCAUGGUUAGGAACGUAUAGAGUGACUCAGCAAGCCCGAGAUA